AUGGCCGAUAGCGUGCAGCUGGCAGGCCUGUCCCAAGGCGUGGGCUAUGGCAUUCUCGUUGGAGUCGGUGCUUUUUUUGCUAUCUCGAUGUGGGGAAUCUCGGUUUUGCUGGCUCGAUUCCAUAAUGAAGUUCAGGGAUCUGAGAUGUUCAUGACUGCCAAACGAUCUGUCAAAACUGGUCUUGUCGCAUCAGCAGUCGUAUCCUCAUGGACGCUGGCGGCUACUCUGCUCACAUCUACAGCGUGGACAUAUGAAUUCGGUGUUUCUGGUGCUUACUACUAUGGUGCCGGGGCCACUGUCCAGAUCUUCGUCUUUGCUGCAGCAGCCAUCGAGCUCAAACGCCGUGCCCCGGGAGCUCACACGUUUUUGGAAGUUGCAAAAAUCAGAUAUGGCGCAUUGGGACACAUAUCAUUCAUCAUAUUCUCCACAAUCUACGCCCUCAUCAACUGUAUUGGUAUCUUGCUUGGUGGUGCUGCUGUCUUCCACGCCUUGACGGGGAUGAACACCAUCGCCGGGAUAUGGAUCCUUCCAAUUGGCGUUACCGUCUAUACUUUGCUUGGAGGCAUCAAAGCGACAAUAUUGACAGAUUACGUUCAUACGAUCAUCAUCUACAUUAUGAUUCUACUGGGACUGUUCGUUACCUACGCAACUUCAAGUGUUUUGGGCUCUCCUGACAAGGUGUACGAUCUCCUGCGUGAAGCUGCCAAGUCAGCUCCCGUUGCAGGAAAUGCAGGUGGUGAAUAUCUGACUAUGAGGUCACAAACUGGAGCACUGCUAGGUCUUGUUUUCUACUGUGCUAUUUUUGCGACGACCAUUGAUGUUCAGUUAUUCCAGAAAGCAAUUACAGCUAGUCCAGAAGCCACCCUCCCAGGAUAUAUGAUUGGUGGACUAUCAUGGUUUGCAAUUCCCUUCUGUCUGGCAACCACAUUCGGUCUCGCAGCUAGGGCUUUAGAGAGCUCACCUGCAUGGCCAACCUAUCCAAACCCGAUGAGUGCAGCCGAGAUUGCUCAAGGACUCCCGUUCCCUUACGCAGCAAAGGCUCUGAUGGGUGACGGUGGUGCCGUCCUUGUCUGCUUGAUGGUUUUCAUGGCCUGCACAUCUGGCUUCAGUGCUGAUGUCGUCUCGAUCUCGGCCGUGUGGACAUAUGACAUUUACGGAAGUUACAUUGAGAAGAACGCAACCGGCGCAAAGUUGGUCAGGAUCUCCCAUAUCGGUGUGAUUAUCUGGGGUGUCUGCAUGGCCGCUAUCGCUACCGGCAUCUCACGGACUGAUAUCGGUGUCAACUACCUCAUCACAAUCAUCGGAGUCUUUACUUCAUGCGCCGUGUUCCCAAUCUACAGCACCGUCCUGUGGAAAGGCCAAAAUAAAAUUGCUGUAGUAGUUGCACCAACCCUUGGCGCACUCACAGCCGCCGCUUCCUGGCUCGGCUCAACCUAUGCUCUUGAAGGCAGUGUCACUAUCGCGACCACCUCCGGCGUCUACCCUCUUGUAGUCGGCAAUGCGGUCUCUCUUGUAUCAGGCUGCGUCUACUCUCUACUCUGCACAUUUAUUUUCGGUCGUGAUGACUUCGAUUGGAGCCGUUUCCAAACGGAGAUGAAAGUCAUUGAUGACAGCGAUGUGAAGGGCUUGACUCGGGAACAGCUUGACGAGCAGCUUAACAUGGAACACAUGACGCCUGAGAUGGACAAGAAGCUCAAAAAGGCCAAGUGGUAUGCUGUUUGCAUUGCUGCGUUCUUGUGUGCGGCAUUCGUACUUCUGUGGCCGCUGCCAAUGUAUGGAAGCCAUUACAUCUUCUCAAAGCCCUUUUUCCGUGGCUGGGUGGUCGUGACCUUCAUUUGGGCUUUCCUUGCUGCAGGCAUAAUUACACUUCUCCCACUCUGGGAAGGCCGUGAAACUCUCGUGUUGUUCGCCAAGUUCUGUCUUGGUAAAACACCAAAGCACCAUACUAGCACUGAAGGUGUUGUGGUCGCUGCAGAUUCGGAGGCCUCUAGCAGUGAUCUAGGCGAGAAGGGCCUAGGUCACCACAAGGUGACAACUGAAGUUUAA